GUGGGCUCUCCUAGAAUUGGUUUCAUAAAUUGGAGGUAUGAACAAUCCGGAGGGUUACGUGAGAUCAAUGCAGCUUCAGUACCGCGACGCACGUGAGGUAAUUGAAGAAUUUGCUGAGGAGUUCAAAGCAAUGGACGGUAGGAUCAUUGACAUUGGCUGCGGUCCUGGGACUGUACUGAAAGACCUCUUACUCCCGAAAGUAGGAGGGAAUGCCAUUGUUGUAGGGGCUGACAUAUCUGAGGCUAUGCUUGACUACGCCAAGGAACAUCACGCAAAUGAAAAGAGACUAUCUUUUAUUGAAUUAGAUAUCGAAACAUCUGAUCUACCGACAAACUUGAUUGCCCAAUUUCAUCAUGCAACAGCGUUCUACUGUCUCAAUUGGUGCAGAAACAUUGAAGUCGCAGCGGGCAACAUUUACAAACUCCUUCAACCGGGAGGAAAAGCAAUUGCUAUGUUGAAUUCAUAUCACAUCGUCUUCGAUUUCUACCUGGAGCAGCAGAAAGAUCCAAAGUUCUCAGCCUACAUGCAAGAUGCAUUGAAAUACUUUCCCCCUCACUAUGGUUAUCCGAAUCCUGAGGAGAAGCUGCGAAGACAAUCAGAGGGAGCCGGAUUGAAGGUACUACAGUGGUCGAACAGACGGAAGGUUUUCGUCUACGAAACUAUAGAUCUUAUGCUGGAUAUUUUAAUGGCGGUAAAUCCAUUCUUGCAUCGUAUGCCGGAGGAUGUCAGUAAAGAAUACAGAAAAGACAUGGAGAUGAGGACCAGGAAUGAUCUUAGACAGAGGAUUAAAAAUGAGAAUUCUGAUGAAACUACUGUCGAUGAUCACUACACAUCACUAGUGGCAUUAUUUGAAAAACCUCGGAACGAAAUAUCAUUCUGAUUUUAAUUCAGAUCCCGGGUGUAUGUGUUCAUUAUCGAGACUUUAUGCAACAUGAUUUGUUAUGAAACAUAUAGCAGGAUAGC